ACUCUUUGUUUAUAAUUUUAAUUCAGCCACUCUGCGGAGUGCAGAGAAGCUGAAGAAAAUGGUGACUCUGGUGGUGGCGACCGCCGUGGACCCGGCCUCCAUCGGACCGGCAUCGGCCCUCUUAGCCAUGCCAGGCUGGCACCCUGGUCCUACCUGGCAGGAGGAUGCACAGAGUUUCGUAAAUAAGAAUGUGAGGCUAAUAAAAUUAGAAACCAAAUUAGUGAAAGAAGAUGAUUUAGAUAAAAGAUGGGAGGAGGCAACUGGUGAGUCUGUGGAUGAGAUCAUCUUUCUCAGUAAGCAUGUCGCCGCUUCGAAUCGGCCUGCUCUCACUAUCCAUCCUAUUGGUACUCCGCAUGUAACCGAAGGCGAGGUUCUGGUUGCUGGUGGAAAGCCUAGAUGGGCAGCACCUCCGAAUCCUAGAAUUGGGCCGUGGUUAAGACUAUUAAGAUGCAUUGCUGCGUCACAUAAUCUCUCUCCGGAAUUCGAGGUUACAUUGGAAGCUACUCAUCAUGGACCAGUUACUAAUUCACCAACCAUGUUUGUAGAGAUUGGUAGUACAGAGGAGUACUGGAGGAGGCAGGAUGCUGCACAGGCCAUUGCUUUGUUAGUCUGGCAAGGAUUAGGUCUUGGAGAAGGAACUGCCGUGGGAGACUGGAUUAGGAAUGACAGCAAAAAUAAAAUCCUUUUAGGAAUAGGUGGUGGCCAUUAUGUGCCACGGCAUAUGGAUGUUGUUCUGAAAGAUGGUGUUUGGGUCGGCCAUCUGCUAUCUGGAUAUUCCUUGCUGAUGGAAGAUCCUGCCCAAUUAAAAGCGCUAACAAAGGCUGAUGCUGUGAAAAUGACAUGGAAGGAAGCGAUCAAAGUUGCAUUUGAAGCUACCAAGCUGGCUUUUCCAGGAGGAGAAGUUAUAGCACAUCUUGAUCACAAGAGUUUCAAAAGUUGGCAGAGGAAUGCAGUUACAAGUUUCUUGGUGGAGCAGAACAUAAAGAUUGGCAAACCUGGUGACUUUUGAUCUUGGUAGAAAAGUUGGUAUAGUUUUUAAAAUAAUUCUUUUGUCAAUCUUGUCCAUAACUAUUUCAUUCCAAAAUGAAUUGACAAUUAUUCUAUUUCAUUUCUAAUGGAAGCCAAACUUAAUUUGUGUUGUUC